CAAGUUCCAUCGUCCCGACAUUUGCUUCGCCCCUAACAAAACCCUAAAAUUACUUUCUGACGAAAUCUUUGAGGUUCGUUAAAUUUCACAGAACGUUGAUCGGUGUCCUGAAAUUACAGUCAUGGCUGCUAAGAUUCUUGCAAAUUUGAUUGUAUUGGGCUCUGGAAUCUUGAUUAGGGGAAUGGUUCAAGCAUAUCGUCAGGCUCUCCAAAAUGCCUCAAAGUCAGGGGUUGCUCAAGAAACAUUACAAAAUGCUGUGCGUAGAGGAAGCAAAGCUAUGACUGAACAAGAAGCCAGACAAAUUCUUGGUGUGACCGAGCAGUCAUCCUGGGAGGAGAUUGCACAGAAGUAUGAUAAUCUAUUUGAGAGGAAUGCCAAGAACGGGAGUUUUUAUCUGCAAUCAAAGGUUCACAGGGCCAAGGAGUGCUUAGAGAUGGUUUAUCAACCGAAAGAUCAUCCGGGUGAUCCCGUGGUUUGACCGUUUGACCUUUUUUUUUAACUAAAAAGAUAUUUUAAAUAUUUGUAUAUUUGUAGUCUGAUAAAUUUGUAAGCUAGAAUAACAAUAACACUGACCCUUCCUUCAUGAGAUUGAAAGGAAGCCAAUAACACAAUAUAAAGCUCCAAAUCAUACACCCCACAAGAUUCUCCUCAAAAACCAGUUCACCA